AUGCACCUCUGGUGGAUUUUGCAGCUGGCGGCACUCGCCCAUCUGAGCUCUGCACAUUAUAUCUUUGAUACUCUCGUCGCUGGGUCGGUGGUGUCAAGAGCAGCCGUUAGACGACCAAGGGAUAAUGGUCCUGUGCUCAACAUCACUUCACCGGACAUCCGGUGUAAUGUCAACCUCAAUCGUGCAACGGAGACCGUAUCUGUUCCUGCAGGCAGUAGAGUAGGUUUCGUCCUCGACAACGCGAAAACGAUAUACCAUUUGGGUCCGGCAGCAAUGUACAUGGGGAAGGCGCCGGGAAAGGUUGAAGAUUGGGAUGGAAGUGGUGAAUCGUGGUUCAAAAUCGCCCACUGGGGCGCAGCCUUCUCUCCAAAAUUCACGUUCAUUACCUUGGACGAACGCGAAUUCUAUACAACCAUACCGAAAACAGUUCCGUCAGGAGAGUAUUUGCUGCGGAUGGAGCAGAUAGGGCUGCACCAGCCAGGGAUGCCCGAAUUCUUCAUGUCAUGCGCACAAAUUCGAGUAACAGACGGUGGAUCUGGCAAUCCGCCAAUGUAUUCAAUUCCCGGGUACCUUUCUCCGGACGAUCCCGGUUUAACUGUCGAUAUCUACUGGCCUGUCCCAACUUCCUAUGAGACAAUAUAA